AGAGGCACACCCGAGCAGCGACAGUCACCGGUGGACGGCAGCUACUGCUUACUCUCAGAUUAAGCUGGAGCCUGAAAGUCACAAAUACCCUCAUACGUGACCAUGUCUGCCUGCGCGUCAGCGGACCACCGUCGGGUAUGCCCCUCGGUCCACGGAAACUGGUUCGACACAACCCGCCGCAAGAAAGCCGCCGCCAACAUCUUUGAAAACGUCAACCAGGACGUCCUGAUGAAGCUCUUCCAAAAGACGGGGGACAUGAAAGCCGAGGAGCGCGUCAGGAGCAUCUUCUCUUACGGACAAGACCCCGAGGAGAUAUCCAAAGCCUUAAUGGCUCUCAAGCAGAGGAAGAAGGACAAGCUCCUCCAGAUUGCCGGCUUCUCUAGGCAAAGCGUGAAACUUCAUUGACUCAUGAUGAGCUCCGGUGGAGCUUUUCGCCUUGGUGAAAGUGCGCAGACCCGGCGCGGAGGUGCGGCGCCCAAGUAGACUGAGAAAUCCCCUCAGGGGCGGACAAAGGAACACUGCGUUGCAGAAGUCGCGAUGAAGUUAUUGUUACUUUACGAAACAGCGGACUAUACUUCUGCUAUUGCAAAGCAACGGAAGACAGUUUUUACCCUCGCACUGGAGAACAAUCAUCGGGGCUGAAGCCCCAAUCGAUUAUCUUUGGACAGACUAUAAUACAGUUGUUUUUUGCGGACUCGGACUGGGGAAUUUAAGAUGAAUUUGCUAAGCCGCUAUACAUUUGUUUAAAUGUUGAGGCUAAAACUGCACCUUAUAGGUGUAAUAAAUUCUUUGCUGUUACAUAAAUAAAAACACGAAUUCUGUAUUAUUUGACAUGUACCGUCUUGCAUCUACACUUGUCUACACAGUGAUACUCGAAAUAAUAAUACGCGAACAGAAUAUUAGCCUAACACUCAUUUAUUGUAACAUUUUUUGUGUGAAUUUGCAUGACAAUAUGCUGUCGUAAGUUUAGUGUAGUUAAUACAUUAUAUUAAUAUUUUAAUAUAAAAUUAGUGCAGAACAAAGUCGGAUCGGGCACCGAUAUAAUUAUUUAAAUAACUAAUACGAUGUUCUUUAAAGACUGUAGGGAAAUCUGUCACUUUUUAUUAAAGCUCAGUCACAACCACAUAUUUGUAGUGAAGAGUAUAAAAAGAUGGUGGUAUAUAAAGGUGAUGAAAAACAAGGUGAUAAAACAUUUAAUUAAGGGCCUUGCUGUCCUGCUUCAUAGAAAACAUAGGCUACUUAGCUGCAACUGGGGGAUGCUGGGUGGCUUAGUGGGUUAGGCCUUGUAAUCAAAAGGUCACUGGUUCAAAUGCUGGAACUGGCAGACUGAUGCUGCCAUUGGGCCCCCGAGCAAAGCCCCUAAUUCCCAGCUCCAGGGGUACUGGGAAUACUGGGGUACAUCUGUAUAUGUGUGUCGGUGUGUCUCAUGGGCAGCAUGAUGGGAUUGACGAAAGGACAAUUUCUCCACUGGGAUCAAUAAACUAUCAUUAUUCCAAAA